ACAAAAGUCAAAUGAAAACUGUAGUCGAAAAGAAGUUUAGGUAUUACAGGUUGUCGGAAAAAUCAAAGUUGAAUACAUUUAAAAACCAAAUCAUGAGUUUUGAUAAAAGUCUGCUUUUACAUUCAACACAGCGUACGCCCAUCAAAAAUAACAGAGUAAGACAAAUACUAGGAAGGGACGAGGCACUAAAUCUGUCGCCUAUACUAAAUGAUACAUCUUUGUUCAAAACCUUAAAUGAUAGUAGUUUGAGACAGGUAUUAGACGAAUCCUCAAUUGUUUUAAAUACAGGAACAGCGGGUAGCAGUUUAAGUGAAUUGUUUUUCGAAAUAAUACAAUCGAGUCGCCCCAGCGAUAUAUUGGACACUUUAUCGAGGUUAGCUCAAGCUUGUUGCGACUCUUUGGAAUUAGUUGAGCCAUGGAACCGCUACAAUGCACAAAAUUAUUGGUUGGCAGAAGAGGCAAAUACGUGGAGGCUACUUCACGCGUUAUAUUCAGAUUCAAUAGCUGAAGGGCCGGAUACAUUUGAAAAUAUAAUAACGCAAACAACCAUAUCCCAGCAUACUUUAGUCACAGCAUUGUAUAGGAGUGAUUCAGAAAUAAGAUUGCUGCAAUUACUUGUAGAUUGGUUGGAAGCAACUGCAGCUUAUCAAGAUGAAGCAACACAAACUUCUGCACCAGUUGUUGGAAAUAAUAUUCACUGGGGCAACACACUCCAUCAACUGCUUAUAGGAUCAAGUUUAUUUAACAAAGAUAAAAACAAAGCUAUGAUUACAUGCAUGGAUCCAGAUGCACCACGGCGUCAGAACAAAACAAUUCACUCUGAUGAUUUGAAAGAUGAUAAUGAUUUGUGUAAGAGAGUGUUCACUGAAUUCAGAUGUGGUAAAUAUAAUGAAGCUGUAUCAUUGUGUAUUAGUGCAGGUCAGGCAUGGCGUGGAGCUAUAUUACAAGGAUGGAAGUUGCUGCAUUAUGAAAAAAGAGAAGAAAAUAGUAAUACCCUGGAAUUAAAAGGUAAUAAGUCUAGAGGUUUGUGGAAAAUAUGUGGUCUAGCUAUUGCCAAUAAUACUUCUGAAAACAUGUUUUAUAGAGCCACAGUUGGUCUAUUAUGUGGUCAUUUACAAAGUGCAGUGCCAGUUUGCCAAGGAAAUUGGGAAGAUCUUUUAUGGGCUCAUCUAAGAGUACAAAUUGAAGCAAAGGUGGAUAAAUUUCUGAAUGAACAUCAUGCAACUGCUGAAGCAAAUACAACACCACCAGAAGUCCUUGAAUUGCUGCAGUCUGAAUUGCAAGUUGUUGAGAUAUCGUUGGAGCAGAUUUUUAAUGCAGUGAAAUCAUUAAUGGAUGGUAAGAAGGAAUCCAAUUAUCAGACUGUUCAGAGAUAUUUAAUGUUAGGUCAUAUAAGAUCUAUAAUGCAGGACUCCACACAAUGGGUAGAUAACACUGAUGAAAGAUUCAUUAGAUUUUUGGCACACUUGGUUCUUGUCUUGAGACAUAUGGGAAAAGACCCUCAACAUGAUGUGGGUGAUAUGAUUUUGGAAAAAUAUGUGUUACAACUGAUUGAAAAUUUGGUAGACGGAGCAUGUGAAUCUCCUCAGAUAAUAGCUUAUUACACAGCAACUGUCCCAAGGGAACGUCAAACAUUAGUUUUUGCUGAAUUCAUGGAAAAAAUUCACAAGAGUUGUUAUAGAGAAGGAAUAGUGAAAGCUGGAUUAACUGCUGGAAUAGAUGUAGCUGAAUCGGCCAGAUUGACUAUUAAGAGAGCCAUUACAGAUACCACGCAAAGCUAUGGAAACUUUGAUAUGAACAUGACACAGACCACAGCUGUUGAAAAAGAGAAAGAUGUUGUAGGUAAACUAAUUUCAUCAUUGGAAUGGUUAUCACUACUGCCAAAUCAAAUUGUAGAAGGCUUAUGGUUAAGUAAUGCGAUGAUUAGAACCUUUAUAUUCAUGGGCAACACGGAUGCAGCAAUUGCCUGUUUAUCAAGUAUGAAGAAUUUGUUUUCAGAUUUUAUGAACUCAGUGGCCAAAAAUUCUGCAGAACUACGUGAACACCUGUGCUUGAAAGCUUAUCUAGAUGCUCUUGAUGGUUUUGCUACUUGGUGUAGACAUUAUAUUAGUGGUCAACCAAGAGAUGUUGAACCAUUACAACCAGAUGCAUCAUUUGCAGACAAAGUUCAUCAUGAGCAAAAAUGUGCACAAGUGGAACAGCAGAAGGCAAGAUGGAAGAAUGCCACUCUACACCUUUCACGAAACACUAAAUCACUUUUAUACAAUGUACUAAAGUUUCCGGGAGGAUGGCUUCUAGAUGAAAAUGAUAGUACAUCUUCUAAAUAUUUUUCUGAAGAUGACAGAGAGGAUAGGUUGAAGCAAAUGGAUACUUUGAGACGUCUGUGUAUCCCUGAGGCUGUGAACCUAAUCCUUAAGAUACUUCAAAGCAAUGACAAUGUUGAUAGUCAUAAAGAGGCAGUGCAGCUUAGUAAUUUAAUAGCUGCAGAGAAUCGUGGUUUAUACAAGGUCUUUACAAAAAAUAAAAUUCAAGAUUUAUUGGAACGGAUUAAAGAAUCUUGUUUAGUACUAAUGGAAAAAGAUAGAGACAUGUUUGGUUAUGAAUUAAAUGAAUAAUUAUUUUUGUAAAAAAUUUAUUAAAUUUUUUUUAUAAA